AUGGCAAGCAGCUCUGCUCCUUGGAUCGGCAGCGCUUACCUCUUCCUCCAGUCAACGUGCAAGUCCAUCGUUCUGCCGUCUCUCUACGAAAGCUCCCAGAAGAAGCCCAGUGUGUUCAAGGCUCUGAAGCUGGCAUUGGCAGACUCCACGGGCAGUGUGAAUGGUGUGGACAUGCUCAAAGUGCACUGCAGCCACCCACACCUGAUAGUCCAGCUCAAGUUCUGCAAGCAGGAGAACUGCCGCCGGUUCCUGCAGAGUUACCGGGAAGGAGCACUCCAGAAGUCCCUCCAGAAUCACCUCCAGGUCUUCUUGGCCAUGACCACAGUGCCUCUUGAAAUGGAGCUGAAGGCUGGCAACGAACACCUUGACAACAUACUGAAGGAUGAGGAUCAUUGCCUGGAGUGCAUCUACAGAGAAAAGCCUGACCGUCUGCGGGAUGAAGAGAUCACGGAGCUGGAGGAAUGCCUCAAGAGCCUGAUUGUUCACCAGAGCAUCAACAACAACGUGGCUGUAAAAGGCUGCACAUCUCUGAAGUCCUCAUCUCUGCCUUAUCCUUCUCAAGACAGCUCCCUUUCCCCACAAGUCACCUUCAUCUUUCAGGGACAACAGUUUGACAACAGAACGAUCACACCAGAUGACCACCAGAAAUUUGCCAAGUUUGUGUCCAAGAAGUGGAAGCAAGUGGGUCGCUCUUUGCAGAAGAGCUGCCGGGCCCUGCGUGAUCCUGUCAUUGAUAACCUGGCCCUGGAGUAUGACCGAGAGGGACUAUAUGAACAAGCCUAUCAGAUGCUUCUCAGAUUUAUCCAGUCAGAGGGGAAGAAGGCCACAAUAGCACGGCUGAUCGCAGCCCUGGAAGAAAAUGGUCUCAUCAGCUUGGCUGAGGAGCUCUUGGGCCUCCACUCCAAUGAGGACUGUUCCUAG